UGUUGAUGUCGCAGCGGCAUCGCAGGCGAAAGAGACGGGAUUUUCCCCCCUUCCCUCCACGCGGAAAGGAAAGCGGCGUGGGCAUGCCUCCCUCCCCGCUGUGAUCUCUCACGGGCUUCUCUGUUUGGGAUUCACUUGCUUGGGAUUGCAGAGGAUCUCCUUCCCCCCGGCCAGUGGAAGCAGCGAGAAAAAAAGGCGAGAAACUGCAGCCAGCCCCAGGACUGAAGGAACAUGAAAUCUCCUGAUAAGGCAUUCAACAGGAAGAGCUAGUGGAUGAAGUGCGACUGCAACAAAAAUCUCCUUCGUCUUUGGAUCUAUCGUGCUGUCAUUCUAGUGCCUCUUCUUUUUGCUGCCCGAAACCUGACAAUUGCGAGACAUGUCCAUUGCACUCAAACAAGUUUUUAAUAAGGACAAGACUUUUCGCCCCAAACGGAAAUUUGAACCGGGGACUCAGCGGUUUGAGCUCCACAAACGAGCACAGGCCUCAUUGAACUCUGGGGUGGACCUGAAAGCAGCUGUGCAGCUGCCCAGCGGAGAAGAUCUAAACGACUGGGUAGCUGUUCACGUGGUUGACUUUUUCAACAGAAUCAACCUCAUCUAUGGAACUAUCUGUGAAUUCUGCACCGAGAGGACCUGCCCUGUGAUGUCAGGUGGCCCGAAAUAUGAAUACCGGUGGCAGGAUGACCUGAAAUAUAAGAAACCUACAGCACUACCAGCACCCCAGUAUAUGAAUCUUUUGAUGGACUGGAUUGAGGUUCAAAUCAACAAUGAGGACAUAUUCCCUACUAGUGUAGGAGUACCAUUCCCAAAGAACUUCCUCCAAAUCUGCAAGAAGAUCCUGUGCAGGCUCUUCAGAGUGUUCGUUCACGUCUACAUUCAUCACUUUGACCGCAUCAUCAUCAUGGGGGCCGAGGCUCACGUCAACACCUGCUACAAGCACUUUUAUUAUUUUGUGACAGAGCUCAAUCUCAUAGACCGCAAGGAACUAGAGCCUUUGAAAGAGAUGACGGCCAGGAUGUGUCAUUGAAGAGUCACUACAGAAUGAAAGAAAGAAAGAAAAUGCAAUUUCCUACUAACUGAAGAGCUAGAGGACUCAGCAGCCCUCAGGAGCAAAACUUGCCUGUUAAUCCUUAAAAAGCCGGGAAGUCAGGACCAGAAGAUGAUUUCUUUCACAGACACUUCCCACCAUCAAGUAGGCUCUUAACCCUAAAAAUGCUGCUAGGCGCCUCCUUGGAAAGAAGAUUUCUCAGAAAGGAAAGAAGCAACUUUAUUUCCAUAUCCCCCGAACAACCAAGGAGGAGCUCACCAGACUACGAAUUGGUUUCCAUUCACCUUCCCGCUCUAGAGCCACAUUGCAGUUUGGAUUUCCAGCUGUACUUUUGAAACAGACCUUAGUGUUAAAAGGAAGAGUUAUGAAACCAUGUUGGUACAUGCAUUGUUGUGUAGAUACAGCUGUGUUAAGAGCAAAUGCAAAAUUUCUGAUUGCCCUUUCGGUAUCUCCAGUUUAGCUUAGAAAAUAAGCCAGGCAGGCAUUUGCUUAAAAGAGAACCCCAAAGAUCCGGCAUACCCUUUAACUAGAAAAUGAGAUAAAUAGUUCGGACCACAAUCCUAGAUAACUAUAGAUGAGCAGGAAAGAAGCAGGUGGAAUGGCUGAGUCCCUUUUCCAUUUAAA